UUCCUUUCCCACAUUCUCCAUUCAGAAUGGCACCGAAGAAGGGUGAGAAGAAGAAGGGCCGCUCCGCCAUCAAUGAGGUGGUGACCCGCGAGUACACCAUCAACAUUCACAAGCGCAUCCACGGCAUCUCUUUCAAGAGGCGAGCUCCUCGUGCUCUGAAGGAGAUCCGCAAGUUUGCCAUGAAGGAGAUGGGCACGCCUGACGUUCGCAUCGAUACCCGUCUCAACAAGGCCGUGUGGGCCAAAGGUGUCAGGAAUGUGCCGUACCGCAUGCGUGUGCGUCUGUCCAGGAAACGCAAUGAAGACGAAGAUUCUCCAAACAAGCUGUACACCCUCGUCACAUACGUCCCAGUCACCACGUACAAAGGUCUUCAGACUGUAAAUGUGGAUGAAAAUUAAUUCUCUUCAUGCUUGUUGGAAUAAAAACAUAAAAGGA